CCACUGGCCGCUAGAAGAAUUGACAUUUGUUUGCUAGCAAACAGUUCAAGAAUGAACGCACGGAAAACCUUUUUGUUAAGUUUCUUUUUGGACGAUGGAUUGGAUGCGAAUCUGCUGCAUCAGGCAGCCCAAUUGGCGUCCCUCGAGGGCAGCCUGACACAGCACAUAGCCGUGAAGGAAACAGUACAGGAGGAGGCCGAAGAAGACGAGCAGGAAAAUGAUGAUACAGUGCGGAAAAUGGACGAUCAAUUUAAGGAGCGAUUUCGCAUGCAGCGCUCGACCUUAGAGACACUGCUGCGGGUGUUGGGUCGAGCUAUUGCGGGAGCGGAACAGUAUCAGCCCAUUGGUAGCGUUUCCCUGCCGGAAAAGUUGCUCUACACAUUGAUGCUACUCGGUGGCGGCAUCUCGUUUCGGGACGCUGGCGAGAUAUACUCCAUAUCCAAGAGCUCGGGACAUGAGAUUUUCAAAUGGGUCACUUCUGCCUUUGCCGCCCUAUUGCCGUGCUACGUUAAAUGGCCGAAAUAUAGCGCAGCAGGAGUCGGUAGCUCUUCCAUAAGCAAACUUACCGGCGUCCUGGGCGCCAUCGACGAGUGUCGCAUACCUCUGAAGCUGCCCAUACGCAUUGACGACGACAGUCCGAGGCAGUACCAGUCGUUGGCCCUGCAAGCUGUCUGCGAUGCGCAAAGUCGAUUUCUCAAUGUCUACAUCGAUGUGGCCAAUAAUGAGCAAUGCAUUCUGCUUGCCAGUCCCCUCUUCGAGGAUCUCAUGGACAUGGAGACGCCGUUGAUGGCAGAACACACACACAUAGUGGGGGACAAAACGUACCCGCUACUGCUGAAUCUGAUGACACCCUAUGUGGGAGAACUAACCCCUUGCCAUGCCCGAUACAAUCUGGCCAUACGCCAGUGGAAUGCUCCGGCGGAGAGAGCUCUGGCGACGCUCAUAUCACGCUUCAAACGCCUGGAAUCGCUGGACGUGUCAUCGCUGGAAUUGGGCACCACAGUUGUCUCCGCCGCUUGCAUGCUGCACAACUUUAUACUGGACUCUUGUGGUGAGGAUAUCGAAGAUGACAUUCUGGCCUUUGAUAUGCUGCCCGGAAAACCACAAGAAAAUCCACUUUGAGCAGCAUGGGCUUGUGGACACGGACAAUAUGAUUGCGGUGGAAGAGAAACGCGACCGCCUAAUAGCCAGUUUUAUCAAUAACAUUUAAAUACACUUGGAAUUUAGUAUACAGUUUAUA